AUGGCCUACCCUCCGCCUCCAGGUGCCUCCAGCUCCAACUCAUCGCUUCCUCCGCGUCCACCGCCGUCGAAAGUCUCGGGCUUCAAGCCAGCCUUCUCGGCAGCGCCGACGCACACGCCCAGCCCCGUGUCCGGCAGCCCCUACACGCCCCCGACUUAUUCGAGCGCUCCCAGCUACUCGAGUGCCCCGAGCUACCCUGCUGCUUCGGCACCUCAAUAUGGCGGCGGCCGCGGCGCAUCCUAUCAGUCCUACCCACAGCAGGGCUCCUCCAUGAACUACAGUCAAGGCUAUCAGCAACCGGGUUACCAGCAAAACUACUAUGGCGCUGCAGCGCAGCCCGAAGGCAGCUCCUACGCUGCUGCACCACAGAUAAGGAAUCCGUUUCCCGUGCCUGCCCCAGCGCAGAGCGGAGCGCAGAGCAGCGACUAUGAUCCCGACAUGGCCGCGCAGAUUGCGCAGUGGCAGAGCGCGUACGUGAAGGACCCCAAAGACGGGACCGCAGCGCCUCGCCCCGGCGCUGGCGGUGCAACAACCACAUAUUCGGCGAACCCAACUACGGCCGCGCCUGCCACCGCGCCUGCGGACACCGACAAGAAGAAGACCGUAGUGCGGUCAGGAGGUGGUCAGAAGUGGACCGACGACACACUCGUCGAGUGGGACCCGGCCCAUCUGCGUCUGUUUGUGGGCAACCUGGCCGGCGAGACGACAGAUGAGUCACUAUACAAGGCUUUUUCGCGGUGGAAAUCCCUACAGAAGGCCCGUGUCAUCCGUGACAAAGUGACGAGCAAGAGCAAGGGUUUCGGUUUCGUCAGUUUUAGCGACCCGGAUGAUUUCUUCCAGGCCGCCAAGGAGAUGAACGGCAAGUACAUCCAAAGCCAUCCGGUAGUUGUGCGCAAGAGCACAACCGAGAUAAAGCCCCAAACUGUGAAGGACAAACGUCACAACGGGAAGUGGAACAAGAAUAGGAAUAAGAACCGCAGCGGGCAUGGCGGCGGUGGUGCUGGUCGAGAAGACAGCUUCGAGCCAAGCUUGGGCCCUGCGAGCGGAGGAGUGGUCAAGCCAGGGCAAAAGACCAAGAAUGGACUCAAGCUACUUGGUUGA